GAGGGGCUGGGGGGAAACUGGGAGCUGUCCUGGCUCUGCCAUCCACGGAGGAACAAAGAACUCGUCCGUGUGAGUGAUGGGCACAGCGCCGAGUGGUGGCUGUGGAUCUCAUGUAAUGACUCCUAGGCUGAAAGGAAAGGUGGCCCCCAGUGCUCAGGGGUUAUUUCUGCCUUGUAUGCCUCUUCCCCCUCACAACCCAAAUGUCCAAAAUCCCCAACUGCUCACAGUGAGGUAGAGAAGCAGUGCAUCCCUCCCUGUGGUGUCCAAAACCAAUGGAUGGAGAGUGCAAAACUUGAAACUGCCGUUGCUCUGCUCUACUGCUGUGGGCAGGGAGGCUCCCACUUGGGUUUUCUCCUCUCAUGGAGUUGCUUGGUGCUGGAGGAGCUGCAGCACCCACAGCACUGCUGCAACAGCAGCAGGCUGAAACGUCUGGGAAACGGGGGAGGUGGGGACAGGUGCAGGAAAUUGGGAUAUUUGCAUAUUUUAAAUUGUUAAAGAAAAAUAGAACUCAGGGCAGAGUGGUUUUGGGAGCUCUGCAAAAAAUGCAGCUCCCAUGCAGCGCAGAGCAGUGCAGGGAAGCAUGGCUGUGCUGCAGGGCUGGCAGCAUGGUGAGGACUGGCAGCUGCAUCCCUGCAGCAUUUCCUCCUCCCAGACCUUUCCGGCUCGGUAGCUGCCCCAGGCCCUUCCCUUUCUCAGCAACAGAUAUUUCCUUUAUCUUCCUUUCCUCAUUCCUUGUGCAUGCAGAAGGAUGGCAUUGAUGGGACAGUUAUUUUGCAACACUCCUUCCCACCCUUGUUCCCGUGUCCCAUCUCACCCGUGAUGCCUCAGGAGUAAGGGAGUGGAAUGGGAUGCACUGCGCUGAUGCCCUCUAUCCGUGCCUGCAGCCAUGUGCUGCAGGGUGAGAGGUCCUGGGGCUGGAGUUCCUCACAAUCCUUGAUUCCCCUGCAGGCGGCCUGGCUGGGCAUCAACAUCUUCCUCUUCACAUACUACUUUCUGUUCUUCGACCGGGACGAGCGGUACUUCUACACAAGGGCCAUCCUCGGGUCUGCCUUGGCGUGGGCCCGGGCAUCGGCCAAGUGCCUCAACUUCAACAGCAUGCUGAUCCUGCUGCCCGUCUGCCGCAAUCUGCUCUCCUUCUUGCGCGGGAGCUGCUCGGUGAGUGCCCAUGGGCAGUCCCACAGAAUGUUUGUCCCCAUCCCUGCUUCCGUCCCCAUCCCAACCCUGCCACCUCUCCUUGCAGUGCUGCAGGAGGACGCUGCGCAAGCAGCUGGACCACAACCUCACCUUCCACAAGUUGGUGGCCUAUGCGCUGGCCCUGUUCACAGCUGUGCAUACCAUUGCCCAUCUCUUCAACCUGGAGCGCUACAACUACAGCCAGCAAGCCAACGAUGGCAGCCUGCCUGCUGUCCUUUCCAAGAUGCACCUGCAGGACAGCAACAAGUGGCUGAACCCCAUCCAUUCCAACCAGACGGUGAGCGUGGGUCCACCGCUGCCAACCCCUUGCCCUGUGCCUACCCUGACCCCAUCCUCCUGCCACCUCUGCAGACCGUCGAGUACGUGGCCUUCACCACCAUCCCAGGGCUGACCGGGGUCAUCAUCACUCUGGCGCUCAUCCUUAUGGUCACAUCUUCCACUGAGUUCAUCCGCAGGAACUACUUUGAGGUCUUUUGGUACACACACCACCUCUUCAUCAUCUACUUCAUCGGCCUCGUCAUCCACGGUGUCGCCGGGUUGGUGCGUGGGCAGACGGAGGAGAGCAUGAAGGAGGUGCACCCACAGCGCUGUGCUGAGUUCCUGGUGCACAAACCCAAGGAGUGCAGGCAGGAGUGCUGCAAGGAGCCCGAGUUUGGUAGCAUCCCCGCAGAGUCCUGGAAGUGGGUUCUGGCUCCCAUCAUCCUCUACAUCUUUGAGAGGAUCCUGCGCAUCUGGCGCGCGCGCCAGAAGGUGGUCGUCACCAAGGUGGUCAUGCACCCUGCUAAAGUGCUGGAGCUGCACAUGCAGAAGAAGGGCUUCCGCAUGGAAGUGGGACAGUACAUCUUUGUCAACUGCCCCGCUGUGUCCCUGCUGGAGUGGCACCCCUUCACCCUCACCUCAGCACCUGAGGAGGACUUCUUCUCCAUCCACAUCCGAGCGGCUGGGGACUGGACGGAGCGCAUCAUUGACACCUUCCAGCAGCAGAAGCUGGAAAUUCCCAGGAUCGAAGUGGACGGCCCCUUUGGCACGGCCAGCGAAGAUGUGUUCCUGUAUGAGGUGGCCAUGCUGGUGGGAGCAGGCAUCGGUGUUACCCCCUUUGCCUCUAUCCUGAAGUCCAUCUGGUACAGGUUCCAGCAGAAUGACCAGACUCUCAAGACCAAGAAGGUACUGAGAGCCCCGUGGGACCAGCUGACCCCACACCUUGGGUUUCUCCGUGUUCAGAAGCACUUGGCUUCCUCAUGCAUGAUAUCACAUCCUUCCCUUGCUCCAUCUCGAGUAACACUUCUUCCCCAUGCUACUGCAUCCCAGAUCUACUUCUACUGGCUCUGCCGAGACACGGGUGCCUUUGCCUGGUUCAAUGACCUGCUUGCCUCACUGGAGCAAAAGAUGGCUGAGUCUGGCAAGGCAGACUUCCUCACCUACCGGCUCUUCCUCACCGGCUGGGACACCAGCAUUGCCAACAACGCAGCACUCAACUUCGACACAGUCACGGAUACAGUGACGGGCCUGAGGCAAAAAACCAUAUUUGGGAGGCCUAGGUGGGACAUUGAAUUCUCAGCGGUGGCCACAGCCCACCCCAGGUCGGUGGUUGGUGUGUUCCUGUGUGGUCCGGAGGCACUGGCAAAGGUCUUGCAGAGAUCCUGUCACCAGCACUCCAGCUUGGACCCCAGAAAGGUCAAAUUCUACUUCAACAAGGAGAACUUUUAAGCGGGAGCCAGGAUGGGACCACGGGCAGCAGAGAAUAACCAGCCUGCUGCUCUCACUUCUCUUUUUGAAGAAACUCUGCCUGGAAUGAGCAUCAGCUGAAAAGCUUUGCAUGAGAACCAGGCAAGACAGCUAGAUCAUCCUUCAUAAGAAGAAACUCUGGGUUCACAGACUGCUGCCUCCUUGACCCUACAAAGGGUCCCUGCGAAGGGAAAGGAGCCCAGCUCUCAGCGCAGCCCCCCAUGAGACACGCAUUGGGAUGGACCGGAGCAGCACGCAGGUGCAGACCAGCAGGAGGCAAGGGGAGCCCAGCAGGCUGGGCAAUAUGGUGGGGUCAGACGUGACACCAGGGCACUAAGGGCCAAACACACCCCUCCCGAUUUAAGUGUCCCUCUCCAUAAAACUGUAAAUUAAACUUGUUUUUCCUUGCAAUAAAA